CGCCCCCCGUGUCAGCCCCGGAGGCGGUGCAGCGCAGCGCCUGAUCCGCAGAACGCAUCUAUCAGCGCGGCUCCUGCAGAGGCGAUCAGAGCGCGCUGCGAGCAAACCCAGACAGGUUUCUCUUCGGAUGGCUGCGCGUUUGCUUCGGGAGGAGAAGCUCUCCAAGGAUCUCCCCUCCUUCACCACCACUGCUACCACCAGAGCGACUAGGAAUGGGGGAGCAGGCAUUGAGAAGGCCCUGUCCAACCAAGAGGACUUGGGAGGAGACCGGGGCAUGACAGACGAUAUCUUUGACGAGAGCUACUGUGAGAAGGAGGGCCCCAAGCCUGCCAGGAGAUACGUCUGGAGGAACAUCAUCCUCAUGAGCCUGCUGCAUUUAGGGGCCUUGUACGGUUUGUGGCUGAUACCUGCAGCAAAGCCUGUCACCUUGGUAUGGGGGUUCCUGUGUUUCCUGCUGAGUGCUCUGGGGAUAACAGCAGGAGCGCAUCGCAUCUGGAGCCAUCGGUCCUACAAAGCCAGCUUGCCCCUCAGGAUCUUUCUGGCCAUAGCCAACUCCAUGGCUUUUCAGAAUGACAUCUACGAGUGGGCCCGAGAUCACCGCGUCCACCACAAGUUCUCCGAGACUGAUGCGGACCCUCAUAAUGCCACGCGGGGCUUCUUCUUCUCCCAUGUUGGCUGGCUGCUGGUGCGCAAACACCCCGAUGUCAUUGAGAAGGGCCGGAAGCUGGACAUGGCUGACCUGAAGGCCGACAAAGUGGUGAUGUUCCAGAGGAGGUUUUACAAGCUUUCUGUGGUGGCCAUGUGCUUCCUGUUCCCAACCCUAGUGCCCUGGUGCUUCUGGGGGGAAUCUCUUCGCAACAGCUUCUUCCUCCCCGCCAUCCUGCGCUACGUGCUGGUGCUCAACGCCACCUGGCUUGUGAACAGUGCUGCACAUAUGUUUGGCAACCGGCCCUAUGAUCGAAACAUCAACCCCCGGGAGAACCGCUUGGUCACAUUUGGAGCCUUAGGCGAAGGCUUCCACAAUUACCACCACACCUUCCCCUACGAUUACUCCACCAGCGAGUUCGGCUGGCACUACAACUUCACCACAGCCUUCAUUGAUCUCAUGUGCCUCCUGGGGCUGGCCAGCGAUCGCAAGAAGGUCUCCAAGGAGACCAUCCUGGCUCGGAAAAUUCGGACUGGUGAUGGGAGCCACAAUGGCUGAGGGCCCAUUUUUCCCUCCAUGUUUUAUUUCCCCCCAAGCGAGCUGGGCACAGGGUUUUAUGUUCUAGUUACUAACCAUUGAAUAAUGCUACCAGGUUGCUUCAGAUGAUGAUGAUUUUAACCCCCUCCUGCACAAUGUAUUUUAAAUGAUGUAUUUAAGACCUAUAACUUUUGUCUCUCUAACGCUCAGCCCUCCCUCUCCUCUCUUUCUUCUUUUUGUUCUUUUGUCUCUCUCUGGCAAGAUCUCUCUCUUUCCCUCUAACCCCUCCAUGCUUCAUUCUCUCCUUGGCAGGGAGCUGGUUGAAAGCCUGUCCAGGGCAGAUCAUGCCACUGGCUGAAGAGUUGAGCCAAAGUCAGGGACUCUUUCCCUAGAAAUCCCCCUUUCCUGCCUCUGGCUCUCCUGCCCUCCCAGGGCUGCUGAUUCAGGGCAGACAAAGUGGCAACUGAUAUGGCCACAUCCAAGUAAAUUGAUCCUGUGCGUGACCAGCUAGAAAGCGGGGAUGAUGCUAUGUUAAAGACCCAGGGGAGCCUCGUGUCUGUGCAGAUGGGCUUCCUGCAGCCAAUUAACAAGUACCUGAUAGAAACCGACACCAAAGCAGGGACACUGAGAGGGUUAAAGCAUGAGAAAGUUACAGGGUCCCAGCCCAGUGCUCUGUGUGACCUCUUCCCAGCACAGCCCUUCUGAAGCCAGGAGGUGGAGUCACGGCUACUGGGCAGAUCCAGGCUGGAGAUGGGACUGAAUUGCCCCACUGUGCUGGGGGCAGGAAAGCAUGUCAUGUGGCCCGUGAUCCGCUCCCAGCCCCUUCCAAAGCAAAUCAGAGAUGUCCUGGGGCCAGUGACUGCCUGUUGCACACACUGCAGUGGGAAGUGCUGGUGCAGCCAUUGCUGAUGGCGGCCGUUCCCGUAACUCCCCCAGACACACGGUGCUGGCUGCUGGGCCAUGUGUAAUUCAUCCCCUGGAGACAGGGCCUUUGCUCUGGCGAGGGGGGUCCGCUGCACAGCGCCGCGGCCUGGGCACGGAAGGGGCCUGUUUCACUCCUUGGCAGCACUGACAGCGGAGGCUAAUGCCAGGCUGACUGCGCUGUCUGAGGCCUCAAGACAUUGGGGGGAAGGGUUAAAACCCUUGUGCGUUUCACCCCAUAGCACUUACAGAUGCCGCGCACAGGCGUGGCAGGGUGAGUCCCCAUUCCCAUCAGCCACUCGCCAGAUAGUGCUGUGGUGCUGGGUGAAAGCUAGCGAGGUGCCCAGGCUGCUGGAUCCUGGGGCAGAGCUGGGAAAGGCUGGACGGGGGUGGAGGAAUGAUGCUGAGAUGCUCCUUCCCCCUUCCCAGCUGUGCUGCGUAUCCUCAAGGGCAGGGUCCAGCCUUCCCACGUAGGCCAAGGUGAGCACAGCACUGCUGAUGUCUUGCUGCGGUCGCAAAGCUCUGGCUGUCAGCCAAGAAGUCGUCCCUGGCCUUGUUCCUGUACAUUGCUGUGACCAGAACUGUCCAGCUUUGCAAUGCAGCCUGCCCUUUAACUGAGCUAGCGAGAUGAACAGGCUCAGGAGCGGGCCACCAGCAGAUAAACCAGUCGGGAAGCUUUUAAUUCCUGGGCUCUAUACCCGGGAGGUGGAUGGCUGGGUGGGAUUCCCCACCGCUGAGAUUUAUAACUGCUCAUAGGGUGGCUGUGGAUAGUUUUAUCCAACCGGAUACAAAGAAACCUGCAUGUCAUAAUCCUGGGCCAGGUCCAUCCCUGGUCCAAACCCCACUGACUGGAGUCUACACCCUGGGUGAAUUUGGCCUCCCCCAAUAGUUCUUCCCUCACCUCAUCAUCUGGACAUGUUGUGUGAUGCAACCUACUGUUCAGAUACAUGACACAACAUGCUACGGCAUCCACCAUCCUCUCAGGAGAAAAGCAAGGGGUUGAUCUGGACGUUGCCUCUAGAUCCCAAGAGUAUUGAUCACAUCCAAAAAUCCUGACACAGUGGGGAAGCGGAGUAGAAGUAACCAAACAGCGCCGGUGUUUGCCCAGUCACUUUGUCAGUAAAUUGGCAUACAUCUCUGGGUGCCUUAAGUCUUUCUUUAAUACACAUAGGAGUAUUGACAGCUAUUUGCAGGAUGUUUUUCUUUCUAUGAUGAAUUAUGGAAAUUUGAUUAUUAAUUAUUUAUUUACCACUAUCAAAUUGUGGGUGCAGGUGAUUUUGAAUGUAUUGAGUUAGAAUUUGUUAGAUUAAGGAACAGAUGCAUCAUUUUAAAUAGAA